AUGAAAGGUGUGCUUGCAAGCAGGCAGAACCCGGCAGCAGUCACCGUCGACAAAGUCCUCCAUGCAAAUAACACAUUGCUGCUGGCAACUUCUUCUUCUGGUUAUGAAUUCACGGCUUCUGUAAAUUGUGGGUGGCGGCAGAAGCAUCUCCAAGGGUUUUCUUCGAAAUGGGUCAACAAUGGCAAGGAACAAGGAAACCACUAUCAUAAAGACAGCUAG